CCCCCAGAGUUUUGAUUUCUGAUUUCUUUCCAGGUGCUAAAUAAGUUCACAGCAUUUUAGCUUAGUUAGUACUCUGGCAGGUAAAAGUUUUUAUUUUUUUUUCUGUGUUAUUGGUAAGAUAAUGCAGCAUAACUUUGUUUUAGGCAGCAGCAUCUUUGUUUUCAGUAGUUAUUUUUUAUUUAACCUUCUCCUCCUUCUCUUCCCUUCAGCAAUGGCAGCUUCCAGCAGCAGCAGCAGCGAGGAGGAGCGGAGCCUCCGGGAAUGUGAACUUUACAUCCAAAAACACAACAUCCAGCAGCUGCUGAAGGAUUGCAUUGUACAGUUAUGCACAGUGAGACCUGAAAGACCCAUGGGAUUCAUCAGAGAGUACUUCGAGAGAUUGGAGAAGGAGGAAACAAAGCAGUUGUUGAAUCAGCUGAAGUCUGGUUCUCGCUCUGACUCCCGGGAGGAUGAGAUCUCCCCUCCUCCUCCCCUCAACCCUGUGGUUAAAUAUCGGUCACGACGAGGGGCCAUCAGUGCAGAAGUCUACACAGAAGAGGAUGCUGCCUCUUAUGUUAGAAAGGUUAUUCCAAAAGAUUAUAAAACCAUGGCUGCUUUGGCAAAAGCAAUUGAGAAGAAUGUGCUUUUUACCCAUCUUGAUGAUAAUGAGAGGAGUGACAUCUUCGAUGCGAUGUUCCCUGUCACUUACAUCGCAGGAGAGACUGUCAUCCAGCAAGGUGAUGAAGGUGAUAACUUCUAUGUUGUUGAUCAAGGAGAAAUGGAUGUUUACGUGAACAGUGAGUGGGCCACCAGUGUGGGUGAGGGUGGGAGCUUUGGAGAGCUCGCCCUCAUCUACGGCACCCCCCGAGCUGCCACCGUCAAAGCCAAGACCAACGUCAAGUUGUGGGGCAUUGACAGGGACAGCUACAGAAGGAUCCUGAUGGGAAAUACUUUGAGAAAGAGAAAUAUGUAUGAGAAAUUCCUCAGUAAAGUAUCUAUAUUGGAAUCUCUGGACAAGUGGGAGCGUCUCACUGUGGCUGAUGCUUUGGAACCAGUACUGUUUGAGGAUGGCCAGAAGAUUGUGGUCCAGGGAGAGCCAGGAGAUGAGUUCUUCAUUAUCUUGGAGGGCACAGCUGCAGUGUUACAGCGCCGGUCAGAAAAUGAGGAAUUUGUUGAAGUGGGCAGACUGGGACCUUCUGAUUACUUUGGUGAGAUUGCUCUGCUGAUGAACCGUCCUCGUGCUGCCACCGUCGUGGCUCGUGGUCCCUUGAAAUGUGUGAAGCUGGACCGGCCCCGGUUCGAGCGUGUGCUGGGUCCCUGCUCUGAUAUCCUCAAGAGGAACAUCCAGCAGUACAACAGUUUUGUAUCACUGUCUGUCUGAAACCUUCCUUCCUGUCCAAGCCAUGCUUUCACAAAUGCAGACUGCUUUCUUCCCCUUGUGCAGAGCCACAUUGCCACUGGCAUUUGCAGCUUCCUGUCCAGUUAAAAAAAAAAAAAAACAAAAAAGAAAAAAAAAACCUGCUUAUCAUGGCACUGUCAUUAAUUUAGAGCAUAUUAUUUCUGUGCUCUCUGUCCUAUUAAAUUAAUAGAAAAAAUUCAGUGGAGACAUUUGCUUCUCUCUGUGCACCAGUGUCCAACUCAGGCCAGUGCAGCCUUGCUUCAGCAAGGGAGAGACCUCCUGGCAGCACACCAUUGCCAUAGGGUGAGGAGGUGACAGUAAAGGGGGAAAAUUCUUUUAAAGGUGUUUCUCAAAUUAUUGGACAGAUUUUUAAGGCUGUGGUCACCACCUGCUGUAUUUCUUUUCACAUGAGAGCUACCCUUGUAACUGAGCUUCUUGGGGCUUGGGGUUUUCUGGGUUUUGUUUCCAUUUUUUGGGUACUGUAAUCCUGGGUUCAAUCGUGAGGCAUCAGCUGCUAAGAAAGCCACAGUUGGAAUUUACCAGUAUAAUUGUUCCUGUGUCUGCUGGUUUAAGAUUGCAUAGUUCUGUUCUUGUCAAGUGUGAAUCAAAAGCUUUCCAGGUUAAUAGUUCUGGUGAACUACUGCAGUUGUUGAUCCAUUUGCUGACUUGCUGCAACUGAUCUUUUCCACUUGUUCUUUCUCCAGCCAUAGAUUUGCCAUUUCAAACUCUUCCUGUUCCAAGUGGCAAGAACCAAAUGCUACAUGAAAUAAAUGCCUGACUUUGUUCUCUAGAUUGGUGUAAGAAUGGUGCAGCUGUCCAGCUGUUAGUACUGUUUGAGUGCUUACAUUGGUGUAGAAGUGGAAAGCAAACAUUUGAUUUUCCCUGUGAAUUGUUUUGUUAAUCCUCAGUUGACUUGUAAGAAACCACCAUCAGUUCAAGUGACCCAUUGUUACCAGGGAAAAUAAAUGCUGAGUGUUUUGGCCAGUAUCAGUUUCAGGUGACAAGAUUGCUGGUCUGUAAAGCUCCAUUAUUCUUGGUAGAGAAUGUGAGGCAGAAAAAUGGAACAUUUGAGCUUUCCUACAACACUCAGUUGUUUUUAAGUUUCUAUGAUCUUUUUAAAAAUGGCUCACUGUAAAUCUAGCUCAAAGCCAAAAGGUGCAUUCUCUUUUCUUGCUUAUGGAAUUUCCACCACACUCAUUUCAUUCUUUAUUUUUUUUCCCCCCCAAGUUCAAUCUGUUGCGAAGUCUUAAAUGUAUUUCAGUAUUUCCCAGCUUUGUGUUCCAUUACUCUGUGCUCACCAAGACUUCCCAAAAGUUUUUACUGAAUUCCACGGUUCAAUAAUUGUAGGCAAUUUUUAAGGUUUCCUUUAAACUGUAAUUUAUAUCAAGUAGCAUAGGUUUGUAUUUGGGAGUGACAGCAAGCAGUUUGGCAUUUGUUGUGCAACUACUUUAAUGAUGGAGCCCUUGUUUUAUUUCCUUUCUGAGGUGGAGUGGAUGCAAAUCCAACAUUUUCGCAGGUAUGGAGAGAAUCAGGAAGAAUCUGCUAAUUCAUGCAGGAUAAUACUGAAGGUAUCAAGCCUUUACAAAAGGUUUCAGGGUAUUUCUGAAACUGAAAUCCCAAGAAGGGGAUUGAAAUAAAUGCUUGUGGUUUGACUUCUCUAUUCAAGAGAUGUUGAAUAGAGGAUUUCUCCCAGAGUCCUUAAGGAAUAAGCAAAUGCUACCUUUUUUGGUCUUUUUUUCCUUACUUUUUUUUUUUUCGUAAAACUUUUUUCUUAAGUUUUGACUCCGCAGGUUUUUUUUUCUUCAUAUGUGUUCUUUGUGUUACAUUAAAGCACCAAAAACUGUGUAAACCAGUUAGAGCUCCACAAAAAAAAUGCACAUUUUUUUUAUAUAAGGCUUUCUAAUCAAGUUUCACUACUGCAUCUUUUUAGCUUGCUGUUUACUCCCUUUUGUAGUUUUACCUACAAGAUUUUAAGAUAAAUCAGCUAAGUCUGAGUUAAACACAGUUAUAGCUUUACCUUUGUGUGCAAUUUCAGUAUGUUUGAAACUACAAUUGGCAUAGUUUUGCCUUAGCUAACAUUCAGGGCUUUAGAAGUAAUUUUUUGCUAGUCUAUCUUCAGCAAAUUGAUGAAGUCUAUUGCCCUAGGAAGCUAUAGUCAACCAGAGGACCAUUUUUGUAUUGUUAUCUGACUCUAUAAGUCUGAUUUACUGUAUGUGCUAAUAUAUUAUAUUAUAUUCCUUUUGUUAUAGAUUGUCCUAAUGGCAGGUAAAGCAAUAAAAUGAUUUAAAUUCUUAAACGCAAUCAGCCUCUUUU